CCACGUAGGCUCUGCCCCUUCUGCUUCUACUACUCCACCUGCCACUUGCCACUCCAUUUCCUUGCAUCACACACUCGUCAUCAUGGUGCUCAUCACUGAGGAACUGGUGCGCAAGAAGUCGGAGCACAACGAACGCCUGAUCAGCACUCUGGAGGAGAUCUCGCUGCACCAGGAGGACAUCGAGGUCAUAGAGCAUAUCCAGAACUGGUGUCGCGAGCUGAAGAUCCUGCUCCUGCAGUCCAACCUCAUCGCUCGCCUGGAGAACCUGCACAAGCUGAAGCGCCUGGAGUACCUCAAUGUGGCCAUCAACAACAUCGAGAGGGUGGAGAACCUGGAGGGCUGCGAGUCGCUCCACAAGCUGGAUCUCACCCUGAACUUCAUCGGGGAGCUGACCAGCGUGGAGUCGCUGCGCGGCAACCACCAUCUCCGCGAGCUGGUGCUCAUAGGCAAUCCCUGCGUGGAUUACCCCCACUACAGGGAGUACGUGGUGGCCACCUUGCCGCAACUGAGUAGCUUGGACUGCCUGGAGAUAACGCCGUCCGAGCGCCUCCAAGCCAUGCGGACCUUGCCCAGGAACCGGGCCAUCAUCGUCCAGAAGCAGGCGGACCAGGCCAUUCAGCGGGACGAGCAGCGCAUCCGCGUGGCGGAGCAGCAGUCCGCCCUGGCGGAGCACUGUGCCGGAAUCGAGGACGAGGAGGAGCGCCUCAAGGCCUUCUGGCAGGCGAAGAGCGAGCACUGCCCGGAGAUCCGCACGGAGAUCGCCCGCCAGCAUCGACUGGGUCGGGAGCGGCACGAGCCCAAGUCGCCGCUGGACCCGCCGGCGCGGAAGCGCAACCUGUUCGCCCCCUGCGGCAGACCCUACAACCUCAACCAGGCCAAGCUGCCCUUCAACUUCCAGGACGAGGCCGAUCACUACUUGCUCGAGUUGGAGGUGUACAGAUACCUGGACACUUCGCUAAUUGACGUGGACGUCCAAACCAAUUACACAAGAGUCACCGUCAAGAAAAAGAUAUUCCAAAUAGCCUACAACGAGGAGGUCAAGCCGGAUGAGUCAACCGUGCAGCGGUCCCAGAUCACGGGUCAUCUGAUGGUCAAGCUGAAGAAACUGAAAGUCAACGAGCUGCUGACCAUCAAGAAGAGUCCGGCUAAAAGAAUUCAAACCGUUUUCAGCAACACUUCCCCUGAUGCCGGAAAACAAGAGGAAACACUCCGCGGCGUCGUGGAUAUCAGCAACAUUUGUCCGCCUGCCGAUCUCCCCGAUUUAAUUUGAGACCAAGCUCUGAGUUCAUUAUUUAAAAAUGGUUUAUUUAAA